AUGGUUCAACAGGUGUAUCUGCCCAAUGGGCAGGUGUACACAGUGACGCCCGUGUUCGGUGGCUUCACAUUCAAGUCUGCCAAUCUGGACUUACACCAUUCUGCAAUGCCUCCGGGAUGGACCGUCGUACUACAAACAGAGGACGAAGUAGAGACUGAACCGGAACGAAGGAAGAGCAGGAUCUCAAUAAAUCAUCGUGUGCAAGACCAUGACGAUUCGCCUACAAAGCAGAUUGUCACCCAUCGCUUCACCCGUCCCACCAUCCAAAGCGACUCCCUCUUCAUAUCCUCCAUAUCCCAGCCAGCCAGUACGGAUUUCAAGAGCAAUGCCUCACCAACUCGGCACAUUGCCAUGAUGCUGUGGGCCACGCUGUGCUGGUAUUUUCACAAGGAACCUCCAAAUCCUCAUGUCUUCACAGAUGCAUCGGCGUUGACGCCAGAAAGUGGGAGACCAAAGCUCGAAUGGCGCAUCAAGAUUAAAAGAGAAGGCAUUUUCAAAGGAAAAAACACAUUACAAAAAUUGGAACGGAUGGGGCUGAUAGCUAGUGAGGACUCGUGCGUUGGAACCGACACCGAUGUUCGAUUGCCUACCGGGUGGGCAGAGACCUUUGUUAGUCGACGGUCCUUCUGGCAGAUCGAUGCUCGAAUAUUCCUGUUCACCAUGGCCCCUCUGCAGCAUUCCCCAUACCCACAGGCAUCACCAUUUCCUUCUCGCCCUGCAUCUCCCGAUCGAUCUUCAGUACUACCCGAAAGACCCUCCCCACGACCUUCAGACCAUGUAGUGACUACAGCGGGCAUCAUCUCAGAUGCUUUCUCUGCCGGUAUAUCUUCCCCAGGAGGACCAUUCAACUCAGGCAGUCAUCUACCAACAUAUUAUCCUGCACCGCCCACUCAAUUCACAUUUACCAAUCAUAUCAGACAUCCAAUCCGUCCCAAACCCCCUCGACAAGGCGAGACCUUUUAUAGCAGAUAUAUCCCCAGCUUGGAUCAGUAUUUGUCGUUCCGGACACCAUCGCUGUCCACAAAACCAUGCCCUCACCCACACUUUGGACCUACCGGAGGCUCGAUGCCGGCCGCACUGCCGAGUCAUACUCCAGGCAUCUCGAUAGCCACAUUACCGACGUUGGCCAAUUUUCUCGACCGCCCGUCUGAUUUGGAGCUGUUGCAUAAUUGGAUGAAUGACCCUCGAGUAAACAUCGCAUGGGGCGUCGCUGGUCCUACGGCCACACAGAGAAAAUUCCUGGAGGAUGGUCUUGCCAGCAGGCAUUCUUUCCCGGUAUAUGGUUGCUUUGACGGGAAGCCUUUUGGUUACUUCGAGAUUUAUUGGGUAAAAGAAGAUAAGCUUGGAAGACUACUGGGUGGCGAUAUUGGUAACUAUACACGAGGCCUACACGUACUCGUGGGAGAAAAAGAGUUCCGGGGACCUCACCGUGUCAAGGUCUGGUUGUCGGCACUUAUUCAUUACUGCUUUUUAGCGGACUCAAGGACCGAGACUGUCAUGCUGGAACCAAGGGUGGAUAACACUAAGUAA